AUCACUAGUACCAAAACUUCUAAACCUAAAAGAUAAAAAUUAGGUACUGAAACCCACAUUACUUGCCAAGUAAAUAAACCACUUAGCAAUACGGAUUACUGACAGCCUUCUACUGAUGUUCAUCAAAUAGCAUCCCAAAGACAUGGCUGUCAUUUCAAAGGAAUUUUUAAGACAGAGGCAAUUCUUUUUUUCUUAGCCUUCCUAAGCAUGGAGUUUAUAUUGAUCUUGCUAUUUCAGCAAGGACCACACUUAUGUAAAACCCAAGACAUAAAACAAAGUUAGGCAUUCAUAUGUAAACAAUCUUUUUUUCACUUCCUAUUGUCUUAGAAACUGAAGAUGUAAAAAACAAACCCCUGAACAAGUUAAAACAUGUAACGUGCUGUAAGAGCAGCAAGUAUGCUCACUGAGAGUGUUCUGUCAGAGGAAAUAUAACCUUGGAGCUAUUUGAGGCAUCUAAGAGUGAGUCUAAUCGUUACUUACAUUUCUUACUUCCCACUUCAGCAAUACUUGUCUCUCUACAAUACAGACCCCUAAAUAAAUUACUGAGGAAUAACAAGUAUCCCACAAACCAGCUGAUUUACAGUAACCACCCAUGUUUGUGCUCUUAUAAUUGGUAAACAUGGGUUAAUUCAAAGUAGUUUGCUUUCAGUGAAAGACAUAUGUUACCCUGCAGUAGCCUGGUCACCUCAUGUGCUUCUGCCUUUACAAGUGAUCCGUGAGAAGUCAACUCAAGUAUAAUACAUUGAGCCUGAGAUGGGGGGACACAUGCAUUCCUUUCCUGGGCAUUUUGAGUCGGGGAAAUGAUGUGUCUAGAUGAAGAAAAGGAUCUUUACAACGGGAGAUGCAGAGAGGGUGUCUGAACCCUUUCAGUCAGACGGAGAACCAAAGGCAGGCAUCUCGCUUGCCAGAAAAAGGCCCCAGAGAGGCGUUUAUCAAUUAAAGGUGGGAAACUUCGCUGUGGUGUCCUUCUGGUCUUGCUGGUUGAUUUUUAAAGAAAUGUCUGUCGGCCUGUGUUUUAAAAGAAGGUUUACAUAUACCUACCUUCAAAUGAGAAUUUCAGGCUGUUAAAGUAAGAAGAUGGAGGUAUCCUCUUUCAAUCUUUGCUCCAGAGAAAGAUGGGCGUUACAACACUCCUUGUUCCACAGUUUCUGUGGAUGGGGUUUUGGCAGCUUCCACACUGAGCCCAGAUGGUAUUUAAGAUCUUGUUCUGAGACAUCCCUGGAGGGUAAGCAAUAACUCUGUGGGAAUUCCUGGGUUAUAAAGCUGCAUUACAGGUAUCUGAGGUCCACCAGAGUCCUUUCUGGGUCCAACACCUCUUUGAGUCCAUUUUACAACAUGAGUUGUGAACAAGAAUGGUUACUGUCCUUGUUCUUUUUGAUUAACAGGGGUUUUUUAAAAAAAUACUUUGAUGGUCAGGAGUGAUUUCAGUGAGUUUUGGAGAAACCAUGGAAAAUCAAAAUAUUUGUGCCACAUAUAGUGUCUAAAAUCAGUGAAAAGUCUCUGUGGGCAGUAGCUGAUGAUUAAGGUACAUAUAGAAGCCUCAGUAUAAUGAAAUCACUCUCUCCCCUUUUUGUUAAAUUAUAAUUGGUGUCCUUGUUAGUAAUCACACAAUGGGAUUAAAGACUGCCUUACCCUUGGAGACUGACUAUGCCUUUCAUUGUAGAGAUAGUCCCUCCAGGUCAGAGGCAAGGCAGAUAAUGGUGUCUACUGAACUGUCCUUACUUGUUAAGAAAUGAGUCAAUUCAUCACUUUCCAUAGGUGAAAAUUUAUCUAAACCAUUAUUAGCUUACUUCCCAACCAGUUAACUAUUUAAAGGAGUAUCUUGAGCUACGGCGCUGUGCUGCUUCUGUUUUAGCCCUUAAACAAAAUUCAGCCUUUCUUUGCUCUCUGUGUUUCUCUCAUGUGUUUUUGGAUAAAAACUGUAGGUAUGGUUUAUAUUUAUGUUCAUUAAAUACUGUGAUAUAUUCUCAGUAGUGCCACCUUUUGCUUGUAAUAUAAUCCCUGUUGUCUUCCCACCUAUCUUAUCUUUUCUGUUUUAUUACCUCUUAUAUGUACUACUACAUAAAAAGGGAGCGAAUUUGGAAAAUAUAGGCCAUUCAGAAGAAAUUCUGUGUGUAUCAUAUCAGAGAAUUUGAAAGAUUGUGGAAAUAUUUACAAUUCCCAAAGAGUCAAUCUAUACACCAAGAUUGAAUUUAGGGAUGGACACAAGCCCUGCUUACUGUAGCUGUUAUGGAAAGACUGGUUUUGCAAUAUUUUCUGUCCUCAGAAUAGUAAAACUAGUUGUGAUGAAUUUAGCAAAGUCUGUACGCUGCAGUGCCCCAGACAGUUUCUUAUUUUCAUUGACAUUAUUUUUUUAUCAGUUUGGACUGUACAGUAUCUUCAGUUGGGGUAUGUUCAAAAUAUUGGAUUGCUGUUUUUUUGCAUACAAACCUUAUAAAGGAAAAGAAAUACCAGACUGUGUGUACAAGCAUCAAAAUUUGAUUAUACGCAGGAUCUAAUCUUAAUAUCACACCAUCCUCACUGAAAAGUGCUGCAAGAAUAUUCCAAUUCAUAUUCUGAAUGGUGUGUUUCUCUGCAGACAUUCUGCAGAAUUCUUAUUCUUACUAGGAGAAUAUCAGUAUACUGAACUGAAUAAAAAUGUAUACAUUAAAUUGCUUAUUCAAAUGUCCAGCUUUGAUGUUUGUAGAGAAUUUAAGCAGGAGGCAAUAUAACCUGAGCUUUGUUUUAUUGAUACGAGAGGCUAAUGUGAGUUACAAAACAGGAAAGAAUGAGAAGUUGUAUAAUAUGCUGGCAAUGUGAAAAAAAUGCAGAUUUCAGUUAUUAGCUUUCACAGCUGUAUUUGCAUAGAAAUAUACUAACGGCUGGAUGACAUUUCAUGCAUGAACUUGAUAGAGCAUCCUUAAACAUAUUCGUGUUAGAAGAGCACUUAAAGGGAACCUCGAACUCAAAAAUUCCCGUCUUUGUUUAAAAAAACCCAAAACUAUAGUUUCCCGAGGGUAUUCUAGUACAAGAUAUUUCUUUAUGAAACAAAGCUUUCUUUGUUAUGAGGAAUACUCUGACAGCCUAUAAAGGGACCUCCUUUCUGAUCAUACUUUAAAAAAGAUCCCGAUUCCCCUGAAUGUUAAAUAUUAUUGCACAACAGAUGUUGCUCAGGCUUUUGUGGAAAAUACUGGCAAAGCUUGAAGCCCCUCGAGGUUUCAAACACCUCUUGGGUUAUCAGUUUCCUAUGCCAUUUUCUAUUUUGAGGGAACACCUUCCUUGUAAGUGGGGCAAAGAUGAAUGCUGAUUUUCUGUGCUGUAAGAGAUGAAAGGAGUUACUCUUCCUUAAAGAAAUGGAAGAAUUCCUGGUGGGGUCUAUUGCGGUUAUCCCAUGGUAUGAAUUUUUGGGAGCUGGGUGACAGCAACCCCUUCCAGUUAACAUUUGGUUGCUGUGUGUUGUUGUUUUUUUAAAUUUACCUACCAGCACAGACCAGAUGCAACUUCAUUUGUAAGUCAUAAAUGACAAAAGUGUCUGGUUUUAGUAAAAGUGGAGAGGUUCACAGAGUAUAGUGGAGGUUUUUAUAUCUGUGAGCACUUGCACUUUUAGUUUCCAGCAGUUUUAGCAUUCAGUUUGCCAACUGUGAAGAAUUAUGUUCUUUUAAUUUAAAUGUGAUUAUUAACAAGACACAGCUCAGGAAGGCACUUUUCUGAAAUACUCUGAGGAUUAUUCCUGCUCUGUUAUCUCCCACUCACCCUUCACAACAGGAUUUUAAGUGCCCACAUUAGUUGAUGUUCUUCAGAAGAGCUGCUGGUCCAUCUCUGAUUGUGACUUUCAUUAGAAGUAGAAAACUCUACCUUCUAAAGUGGUGAGACGCGAGCACUAAUUCCUGGGAAUAUUUUCUAAAAACUCACUUUAUACUGAAAUACGGCCAGCCCCGAAAGGCAUUAGGAGUAUGACAAGAGCAUGAAUUAAAACGCACUGAGGUGUGAAAACAUCUCUUUAAGCAGUUUUGACUCUGCCCUCACACAGUCCUAUUCCUGAUGAUGAUGAUUGUCAAGAACCUUCCAAAACAGCAAGAACCAUCUCUAGAGCAUGUCUAUUCUCCCGCUAAAAUCAGGCUUCUGAAGGAAAGUGGACGUGUGAGCCUGUGGAGGUAGCAAUCUGGAAAAAAGUGCAGUCAGUAUAGUAGUUGACCUCUUUUUCUUCUGUGCAUAUCCCAUACUACUUGUGUGAACCUCUCAUGCAGAAUAGGUGUAUGCAGAAAAGAGCUGCAGGAUUGUUUUUCCUGUCAGUAUGAGAUAUAAAUACCAGUUCAAGACAGAACAGUGAUGUACAGAUGUGAGAAUAGAAAACCAAAAUAUAAAUACUAUGAAAAAGGGUCAUUAAUACUGCCUUGCUCAGAAGCUCUGUCUAAAGCAUAACAUAAUCAUGGGCAUUGUCUAGUAAUGAUAUUUUUACACUGAAGCCCAAAGGUUACGAAAAGACUUCAGUCUUUGCCAAAUGAAAGUCACUUUGUCAUCUAAGGUACAGAAGGAAUCAAAUUCUUGCAGUGGUGCAAAAUCCAUGUAUGUACAGCAGCUUUUAGAGUCAAAUUAGUAAAAUGCCUGUCAAAAGCCAGGGAAAAGUCUGGUUUAAAAAAGGAAAGGGAAAAUCUAAAAGAAAGUUUCCUAAUAGAGUGGAAAACAUAUAGGCUGAAGCCAUCAGUGGAUGGUAGUAGCAAUAAAGAUUAUUUGGGCUGCAACACCAGCAUUGUCUUAGAGUAGUUCUUGAAGACCAUGGCAGUGGUACCAGAAGGUCAUGUUCUAAAGGUAAAGUCCACGCACAAGUCAGCUCAGAGAAAAAGUCUUUCCUACUUUCCUCUCAGUCAAGAAGUUUAUAGCAUGGAAAACAGCAUACUGAGCACAGAAGAUGGUAUUUAGUAAGAUGUUGAAUGGUAUACAGCAGGGCGGGAGCUGAAAGUCACAAUGAUUUGAGAGUCAUUUGCAGCUCCCAAACAACCCAGCUUCUGGCUCCCGCUGAGCAAAGGACUGGGUGAGAGCAGGGAGAAUGACUGCUCACGCCGAGGUAAGAUAGCACCAACUGGCAGCAUCUCCUGAUUCCUGUUGACUUUCUCUGGGCACGUUUAACCUGUAAUUUGGAAAAGGAAAAUACAGUCUGGCACACAUUCUUGAAGGGUUGCCAGUCCCAGAUCUAUCCAUUGCAUAGCCUGCCAGAAUGGGAAAGAUAAGCAUCUUACCGACCAGUAUCCACAGCAACAGACACUGGAAUUUUAUCUUUUCAAUACAUAUAAAAACCCAAAGAAAAUAAUUACUUUUUCAUUUUUCAGCAGUUAAUGACUGUCUGGCUUUUUCUUUGGCCCUUGGUUUCUCCAGCCAGCCAUUAACACGGAGGAAAGUGCCUUCUCCAGUGGUCACUUUGGCUUAAUCAUUACCUUUUCAUGCUACAGAAUAUACCAGCUGGGAAAUAAGUGUCUCCUAUGUGAAUGGAUCCAUAAAGUGUUCCUUAGGUUUCAUUUCUUUGAAAGAAUAUUCUGCUAGGACAUGAGAGUUUAAUGUAAAAGAUGAUUGAGUAUUAUCCUCAGCCCCAAGGAAGGUUGGAUCACUCUCAGGAAUUGGGAUUAAAUAGCUUUGCAGUGAUGCCCUUCUCCUUCUGAGGAUGGUUUAAUGCCAUAGAUUUCAAAAGAUUAAAUCUUAAGAAUGUAUCUAUGUAAUCUAGGUUCCCCUACUAUUCUCUUGGUAUUGGAGUGUUUCAGAAAUUAUAUGUGGACACAAAUAUUUUCUCAUCCAUCUUCUAGGAUCAUACAGGAACCGGACCUCUUUUUUGUUUGUUUGAAUUUUAUAUGUAAUCAUUAUGAUGCUGAAAGCAGAAUGUGGCAACAGUGUCUUCAGAGUUAAAAAGUAUUUAAAAAUCCAAAGGGGAACAACCCUCUGGAAUGUCUGUUCUGCUCUGUUUAGCUAGCAAAUUCCCCCCUUGCAACCACCCUCUCUCUCUCAAAACAUCUAGAAGCUGUAUAUGACUUUGUUCAGAGAAAGAUUCAUUUAUACCUGGAUAUUACUUUAUCUUGCACUUCACCAUAAGACAAAAAAUGAGAUACUAUGGAAUGGAAGUAUCUUCUGACCACCAUAUUGAUCAUAUUCUUGGUAAAAAUUAACCAGAUUGUGAGUAGAUUGUGUGCCUGUACAUACAUAAACCUUUGAACAGUCUUCAGUUCUUGUGCAUUGUUAUUUGAGUUAUUCUUUAAGCUUUAUGACUUUAAAUGACAUCGUUAAAAUACAGUGUUACCUAAAAAAAGAAAAAGUUAAUACAGCUUUUCUUCAGGGUAUAUUUGAAACAGCUUUAAACCAACUGUGUAAUAAAUGCACUACUUGGGAGAUAAAUUCACAAGAAAACAAUAGUUUUCUUAGCUGUGUAUUGAAUGCAUAGGGAUUCCUAGCACUAGUCCAGUGUACUGUUAUUGCUGAGUAGUCAGGUAGUAGUGAAGCACCUCCACUUGAAUGGUAAAAGAAAAUGGGAAUUUCUUCAUCAGUAGAUUUAAAAUUGAUAUGGUGUGCCUUGAGGAUUUGGUAUUAAGCAUGGAAGUAAUGUGACUGACGAGCUUAAUUUUAAUGUUUUGCUGUGAAAGAGAUUUAGCACCUGCGUAACUAUUAUUGGUACUAUUAGCUUUUCAUUUUGUAUCUUUAAAGUGGAAACAGAGUGCACAUCAAAACAGCAGGCAUCAGCUUUUGCUUUAAUGCUUUUAUUUUUACUUUUCAAGAAAAAUAACAGCAGCAAAAUAUAGGUGGUGUUCCAAGAAACAGCCACUCAGGAGUCCCACAAGGGUUGGCUGGGACUGUGCUUUGUGGUUUCCUGACUCUUAGAGUGACACUAUUACUUUUUAGGCUGAGGCUUCAUUUGUAGUUUGAAAGUAUGACAAUCUACUUCUCAGCAGGGUUGUGUUGUUUCUAGAAGGCUGGACUUGCUAGAGGGUUUAAAUCUGGUGAGGAUCCAGUAAUUCCCUUAACAAUGAGUUUUAAAACCCACACCUUUAAAAUAGCUCUACGUCUUUAAACCUCAAGCUAACCUCAGUGUUAAAACAGCUGGCCAACUAUUAGUAGAAAUGGGAAAGUUCCAAAAGUAAGGAGUGGCAAUACUUGUCUUUCAUUCUGUGCUUAAAUGGAUCUUUUUCUCAGUUUCACAGCUAACCGACUUUAAAGCCAGAAAUUAACACUAUUCCUUGUAAGCAGAAGAGAAAUGUAUGGGAUCAUUAUUAAUUUCUCAGCAUUAUAAUGCCUUCUGGCUCAGCGUGUGUAAUAGGGACCAAGUGUAAACACGCAUUUAUCAUCCCAACCCUUAAUUUGUUUCCAAAAAUGUCCUUCAGUGGAGAGCUGUGAAACAGCCUUUCUGAAGGAUUUUAGACAUUUUCUUUGCUGCUGAUACAAAGAUCUUUGCUGUAAUUGGACCUUCAAAUGUAAAAUGUUGCAAAUACCAUUUUGAGUGUUCCUUUAAAACCAAAAUAAACCAAAAAAAACCCCCCAAACCACCAACCCAAACAAACAAAAAAAACCCACUACAACCUUGUUUCCUUCACAUGAAUUCUUUCAGUUUUCUUUCAUUGGGAUAAAUAACUCAGGCCUCCUUGCUACCUGAAGACAUCUUUCCUUUUCCGAGUCAACCUAAUUUUUGAGUCCUUAGCUUCUCUUAAUUUCCUCUGUUAUUUUCAGUUUCUCCAUUUUCCUGUGUUCCUUUCCCUCGACAGCAGUCUUAGAUGUUGCUAAUAGAAUUCAGCUGCGGAGGAAAUACAAUCCUGGUAAGUCAGUGUACUGAAUCCCUCACUAGCUACUAAACUUGGUGAGACAAAAUUGCCCUUCACAUAAUUUUAAGUGUCCACGGAGUAAUUCCAGCUAUCAGUCUGUCCUAUUGUCUUUCUGCAGCUCCCUCCAUUGUAACACAAGGUAGAGGAGACAGGAGCACUACAGCUGUUAUUGUUUGAUCAGCAACACAAUCUUUGCUGGAAUUUUAUUUCCCUUGCAGCCUAGCUACUAGAAUACAUUUGUCAUCCAUACUUUGUAGCAGACUUAUAUUUGCCUGUAAUUACAUACCAGCCUGGCAAUACUUUAUUGUUAACAUAAAGUACUGCCAUUUAAAUUCCCAAUCUUAAACUGAAGUAUUUGCAAAACUCUGUAAUUGCUAAAAUAAUAAAGCUGCCAUUACUGUACAGGAAGUUUACAGCUUGUUACUGAAAUACUUACAUCAGCUUAACUAUACCUGUAUGUAUUCAUGUUUUCAUGUGUUGCUUAAGGGACAGACAGACUUCUGCUGGGCAUAACUGUAAGUUUCUGAUACUUUCGCAGAAUGGCUGAGGUUGGAAGGGACCUCAGGAGGUCAUCUUGUCUAGCUUCCUGCUUAGGCAGGGCCGUUGGGAGCAGGCUGCCCAGGACCAUGCCCAGGUAGAUGGCUUUUGAGUUAUCUCCAAGGAUGGAAACUCCACAGGCUCUCAGGGUAACCUAUGCCAGUGCUUAGUCAAAACUUUACUUCAGGUUUUCCAGCUUGUGGUCUGUUCCCAUGUACGAAGUCUAUAAAAGAUAACUAUGAAAAACAAGUUCAGGGUGGUUAAACUCAAUGUAAUGGGUACAGACAGUACUGCAAAUGCCAGAAAAGAGAAUGUAUUUUGGCUUCAUGUUGUGUUGGCUGUUUGCAAACAGAAAACCAGUGAUGCGCCUCUCUUACUCUUUAUUGCUCAUUCUGUGAUUUAUUUCUUGCUUUUAAAUAAUUUUCCACGUAUUAUUAUUAUGUUCCUAAGACUGACUGGUUAAGACCAGCAUGAGAAGCGUGGGUAAGAGUUUGCUGUGAACCACCAGCAAUGUUGCCACAUUAUUCUUUUUUAUCCAGGAAGUUAAAAAUGUCCAUACCUAGUAUGUAAGUCCCACCAAAAUAUGGGGGAUUUGGCACAGUUGCAGCCCCUUGUUCUUACACACCUGCACAGAAUUUCUCAACAAUCUGUGCUGUUCUGGGGGAGGGCGGGAAGCCUACUGUUCCUCCAGGGAUCAGCACUGGACACUGCCAUUUGGUGCAGGUGGUUCUGCGUCACCCUGAAGACCUCCAGGUAAACCCCAACGCUCAGAUUCCGUUGAUGGCUGGCAGGUGGCCGUGUGGCCGUGUUGUGCUGUUGGGCCACAAAGGAUCUGUUCUGCUCUCCUCACACAGCCACUGCCACUUGGGGGUCCCUUCUCCCUGUGCCUGCCAGCACUGCCCCGGCCUCCACGCAGAGCUCCCUGCACGUCGCCUCCACAGAACCGGGCCAGGGCCUGUUUCUCUGGAGCAGGAAUAAGGAGUUUUCAGCUUGGGAAGAGUGCUUCCCGGGGCCUUCCCCGGGGGCGCCGCCCGCAGGGCAGGCGCCUGUGCCAGGGCCCUGCUAGCCCGCCGGUCGGCGAGGCGAGGCCGAGGCCCGGGAGCCGUCCCUCGCCACCCGCCCGACCCCGCAGCCUGCGCGGGGAGGUGCGAGGCCGGGGCGCGGGGGCAGGCCCGGGCCUGCCGGGCAGCCGGCCGAGGCGAACCCGCGCCCCGCGGAAGGGCCGGGACACGCCCGGGCCGCCGGAAGGGGUGUUCCCGCAUGGGCCCGGGCGGGUCGAGGCGGGGGAGCCGGGCGGGGGCUGCUCCUCCCGCGGCCCGCCGCCGCCACCCGGCCCCCGGCCCCCGCCCGCCCCUCGCCGCUCGGCAGCCCGACUCGCGGCGCUCCGCGUUGGAUUGCUCGUGCCUGCCCGGAGCUGGCGGCCGCCCGGCUGGCGGCGCGGCCAGGCGAGCUCAGCCGAGCGCAGAGGCGGAUUUUGAGGAACAAUAACAGAGCGGGGAGCGCGGGACCGGCGCGGCCGCCCCGCCCGCCCGCCGCACCAUGUACGCCUUUGUGCGGUUCCUGGAGGACAACGUCUGCUACGCGCUGCCCGUCUCCUGCGUGCAGGACUUCAGCCCCACGUCCCAGCUCGACUUCGACAACCAGAAGGUCUACACGGUGUACCGCAACCCCGAGGAGGCGGAGGAGGACGACGAGAGCCCCGGCGAGUGGGGCGACCGCCUGCUGCUCCACAAGGCCCAGAUCCUGGCGCUGGCAGAGGACAAAACUGACCUUGAGAACAGUGUGAUGCAGAAGAAAAUUAAAAUCCCCAAACUCUCUCUCAAUCACGUAGAAGAAGCUGGGGAGGUUACAGAUUAUGGGGAAGAAGAUGUGGAGCUUAGACACAGUAAGAGACAAGAUGGGAGGAAACAAAGUGAAGGUACACACAAAAGCAUUGAAGCAGUUGUUGCUCGCCUUGAAAAACAGAAUGGGAUGAGUCUCAGUAAUACUUCCAGCCCUGAGGAGGCUUUUAUGGAGACUUCGGAAGGCAUGAACAACAUGGACGAUGCUGUAGUUCCUCGGAUUCUGUAUGAAGAAUUGCUGAGGAGUUACCAACAGCAACAAGAAGAAAUGAGACACAUUCAACAGGAGCUUGAGAGAACGCGCAGACAGCUUGUGCAACAGGCAAAGAAGCUAAAGGAGUAUGGGGCACUCGUGUCAGAAAUGAAAGAGCUCAGAGACUUGAACAGGAGGCUCCAGGAUGUACUGCUUCUAAGACUAGGUAGUGGACCUGCCAUUGAGCUUGAAAAAGUAAAACCAGAAUCAAUUGAGCCUGAACCUGAGGUACAGAAGACCUUCAGUGAGGAAGCAAAUACAUCAACGUACUAUCCUGCCCCCGUUCCAGUAAUGGACAAGUAUAUUCUCGAGAAUGGAAAGGUCCAUCUUGGCAGUGGAAUUUGGGUAGAUGAGGAGAAAUGGCACCAGCUGCAAGUAACACAAGGAGAUUCAAAGUAUACAAAAAAUCUAGCGGUUAUGAUUUGGGGAACAGAUGUUCUCAAGAACAGAAGUGUCACAGGAGUUGCAACCAAAAAAAAGAAAGAUGCCGUUCCCAAGCCACCUCUCUCACCUCACAAAUUAAGCAUUGUCAGAGAAUGUUUGUAUGAUAGAAUAGCACAAGAAACUGUGGAUGAAACUGAAAUUGCACAGAGACUCUCCAAAGUCAACAAGUACAUCUGUGAAAAAAUCAUGGAUAUCAAUAAAUCAUGUAAAAAUGAAGAAAGGAGGGAAAGUGCAAAGUACAAUUUGCAAUAAAUUUUGGAUUUUUAAUAAAGUCUUAGUGUUUUA